AUGAGUGGUCAAGUCUCUUCUCAUCCUUAUUAUCCUUUGGAUGCGCAUGUCAAGGAUUACGCUCCCAAUGCGACUUCAAUCCUACGCCUUCUCGCUACCUCCAGUAUUGCAGCCUCUGUCCUUCUAGGAGGGACUUUGGCUUUGGUCAGCUUCUUACGACCAAGACUGUCAAAGGCAGACCGUUUUGCUAUCCUGUGGUUUGUUCUCUCUGGGACAAUACAUUGCUUUUUUGAAGGCUACUUCAUAAUCCGCCAUGACCACAUGGCUUCUGCGCAGGACUUCCUCGGUCAGUUGUGGAAGGAGUAUGCGCUAUCUGACUCGAGAUAUAUGACAUCGGACACCUUGGUUCUGUGCCUGGAGACGAUGACAGUGCUCAUCUGGGGCCCUCUAUGCUUUUUUGUAGCAUACCUGAUUCUCGACCAACAUUCACUCCGUCAUCCACUGCAACUGAUCGUCUGCAUGAGCCAUCUGUACGGUGAUACAUUGUACUAUGCCACGAGCUUAUACGAUCACUAUGUCCAUGGACGGUCUUACUGUCGACCUGAAGCGUACUACUUUUGGAUCUACUACUUUCUCAUGAACUUCAUCUGGAUCGUUAUCCCCUUCUGUAAGUUCCAACACCUGGGUGUGGAGGCCAAGACACGCUCAUUUAGGUCACAGAUUACCUUUCUCAGAGUGUCAAGACAAUUUCCAAUGCCAUCAACGCUUUGCAGCGAAUGUCUGCAGAAGAAAAGGCUCGAUAAUGCUCGACAUUGUCGCACAGAUGGACUUCCGGUUGAAGCAUACGACUACAGCUGGAUAUUGAUUCGAUCGGAAUAUGGAUGGAUGUGA